AAAGACACACGGCGGAGUGCGCCUUCUGGUCGCUCUCUGCCACACUUCUCUUGCCCUCAGAGGACCCGCUCGUUGGAUCUGACAGAGGAGACGGAGAGCAUCCGCACCGCGCGCGUCGUCUUACCUUGACGUGCGUAAUCGUUUUGCGCUUCAGUCCGCAUCCCGACUGCCCGAGAGUCUGGACUUCCACCGCAGCGCUGCGCACUGAGAAAGUGACCCCCAGUUUGGUGACUGAAGAUGAUUCCUGUGCUCAUCUGUGCUUUGAUUACACUGAGUAUAGCAGACAGCGACUUAGACACUCUGUACCCUGAACUGGAGCACUCCAGAACCAUCUACGUCACAGAAAAUGGCCCUCGACUUUCCGUGGGGGCGGAACUCUCAAAGGUGGUGUCACGGCGAGGCGGGAACGUUACUCUUCCAUGCAAGAUCCAAAGGGACCAAUCGUUGGCGCCCAAUCGCAAGAUGAGAAUCAAGUGGACCAAGCUGACCUCAGACUACCUGAAAGAGGUGGAUGUUUUCGUUGCCAUGGAUUAUCACAAAAGGAGUUACGGCAGUUUCCAUGGAAGGGUCCACCUACAAGGCUCCUCUCCCAUGGAUGCCUCUCUGGUCAUCACAGAACUCACCCUGGAAGAUUAUGGGAGAUAUAAAUGUGAAGUUAUUGAUGGGCUGGAAGAUGGAACGGUGGUGGUGUCACUUGACCUUGAAGGGGUUCUCUUCCCGUACUUCCCCCGCCUGGGCCGCUACAACCUCAACUUCUACGACGCCGAGCGGGCAUGUCGUGAACAGGAUGCCAUCGUGGCGUCCUUCGACCAGCUGUACGAUGCGUGGCGAGGAGGGAUGGACUGGUGCAAUGCCGGCUGGCUGAACGACGGCUCGGUCCAAUAUCCCAUCACCACCCCCAGAGAACCCUGUGGAGGCAGAAACACAGUGCCGGGCAUUCGCAACUACGGCCUGAGGGACAAGGACAAGAAUCACUAUGAUGUCUUCUGCUUCACCUCGCACUACAAAGGUCGGUUUUACUACCUGAUCCACCCGUCUAAGUUGACCUACGAUGAGGCGGUCAGGGCGUGUCAAAAAGACGGAGCUCAAAUUGCCAAGGUCGGCCAGAUGUAUGCUGCCUGGAAGCUGCUGGGCUACGACCGCUGUGAUGCUGGCUGGUUGGCCGAUGGCAGUGUCCGUUAUCCCAUCUCCCAUCCUCGCCGGCGCUGCAGUCCCACGGAAGCUGCCAUUAGGUUCAGCGGCUUCCCCGACAAAAAGCACAAGUUGUACGGAGUGUACUGCUUCAAGGGCCACAACUAAAACACAAACAGACCCACAACCUGCACACACAUGCAGCACACACAUUAGCAUGCACAUACACAAGCUCAAACAACCUUGUACUUCUGUCUUAGUGAGGACACUCAUUGGCAUAAUGCAUUCCCCAGCCCCUAACGCGAGCCUAAACUUAAUCCUAACACCAAGUCUCAACCCUCAAGCAGUCCGUUGACAGUGUGUCACAAAGUGAGGACCAGCCAAAAUGUCCUCACUGCGUUAAGUCUUUACUCACAAAAGACGUAUGUAAAAGUACACACGCACACACACACUUGUGGAAUGAAAAAGAGACAGAUUUUGGUGGUAUGAACAAAAACAUUCAAACUGUGAUGAUGUAUUUCAUGGAAAUCUUAAGACAUUAUUGUCAGACCUUCAUAAUGUUGCUUUUAAUCUGGGACCCAAUACUAGUUUACACAUAUUUAAGGUUCAUAUUAUUUAAGCAAUAGAGUGCUCCAGGGAUGACGAAUUUCUGUGGGCCAACCUGGAAGUUAGUAUCACCUUGACAAAAAAACAAUGUCAUUUUUCCACUGUUUUUUUGGGGAAUAUUGCAGAAAAUAUGUUCUGUGACAAUGUACACUUUACAAUUUUUGAAGAUUUAAAACAAUCUGCAGAAUGCUUAAAAAAUCCUGGAGUGGGGUAUUGACUGAUGUAAUUUAUGUCAUGGAGUAAAAUGUCACAACGGCAUGUAUCAACCACAGACCUUAUUCAGGCAUCUAACCACAAACCCCUUCAACCAUCAACUUCAGGACUAAGCUACCAGAAGUGCAAAAAUGCUAACUCAAUUCCAGAAUUUAGGACUCAUUCCUGCAGCACUCUAUGCAUUUGAGAGGGGUGGGUUGUUGGAAGAGGGGCUACAGCCACGCUGUCAUUUAAGAAUGGACUAGGUAUGUGAUGUAACAAGGAACCAUGGGAGAACUAUUUAACAGCAAACUGUGUCAUGGUUGGACUGAUACUUUGGGCACUUAUCUUGUUUUGUUCAAGACCAGGAACAACAACGAAGCCAUGAAACUCAGCUGAAAACAGGAAAAACGAGAGAUCGCUUAGAUCCCCUGAUACUUGUCAGAUAGGGAUCCAAGCCUAGCGCAACCAAACUGCAAUUUGCCGUCCAUUCUAAACAAGGUGCUACGACUGGUACUUUGUACUUCAUCAUACCAUCCAGUAUUUUAAGUUUUUAUACAAAUGUGUUGGACCAAACAUCCAUCUCAUCACAACAAUGACUAGGGGAAAAAAAGAACAUCCAAAAAAUAGCAUUAUUUGUAUUCUAAGUAUGUAGAGUGUGAUUAUCUAAAAUGUACUUCUGUUAAUGACUAUUGUUUGAUAUACUGUUGAAAUAUUUACUUUUUCUUUCUUCUUCUUUUUUUUUUCUUUCUGGCGAAAGAAACAUCUUACAACAGUAAGCCAAAAUUCACUGUCCCAAAAAAAAGACAUUGAUUGCACUGCACAUGUAGAAGAUGCCUAGGAAAGAAGAUAAGGCAAACAAUAGCUCGCCCAAUCCAGCAAUAGAAAAAGCCUUGCAUAGAUAAGAAUAGUACUGUGUUGCGAGGGUGUCGUUAGUCUACAAGCUCAGUUUUACAAUGAAGUAGACCUUUGUGGCUGCAUCUCUGGCUUCAACUUCACAGCAUGACUUUGCUUCAACAAGCAAACAGCAAAGCAGCUCCCAAUCUGCAAACACUAUCUAUCUAGCGCCUCGAUAAACUGCUAUUUUUGAUACAAAGACUGUAGUUUCUUAAAGUGAAUGAGCAGAGCCAAGGCUAUAAACCCAUUUGUGACCUCACCCCCUUCGAACGUUACUCCACAAAUCUGUCACACAGUGUUGCCAAAUGCAAAAUCUUAAGAGGGAAAUUGAAAAGGUAUAAUUUCUACCUGUUAUGCAGUAGUGGGUUGUAUUUCAAGAGGUAUUUUUGUGACCCCACUAACGUUUUGGAUUAAAACAUUGAUUUUGCUCAGAGCAAACAUUUGAUCUCUUAAUUCUGUCAGCCAAAACUAUGGCAAAAACUUUUUUUUUCUGUCAAAGGAAUUUAGACAAAGUAAAUAUAGAAUUAUGAUUUCCAUCAAAUGUUAAAAAGUGAUUAACAAUAAGGUGAAAUAUCCUGGACAUGAAUUAAUGGAUGUUUUACUGCGGUCUUGGUGGUGGAAAUACACUAUGUAGCUCCUCACAGCUCAGCUGCCCAAAACAUUUUCAGAAGUUGAUGUAGAAGUUUCACCUGAAAGCUAAGUUUCUGUAAGUCAGGUGCUGGGAAAAAAAGAAAAAGAAACUCUACAAUCAAACGGAAAGUCUAAAAAAAGAACCAGCAGGAAAACUUUUUGGGACAAUAGUAUAUCUGGUGCUUAUAGGCUACUAGUAGGAAUGAGUGUGGUUUCUAAUGUCAUCUUAAUUGUCUUCUUAAAGUUUGGGAAA